AUGCCUAAAUAUUAUUGUGAUUAUUGUGAUACAUUUUUAACACACGAUUCACCAUCCGUACGUAAAACUCAUUGUCAAGGUAGAAAACACAAAGAAAAUGUUCGUGAUUAUUAUCAAAAAUGGAUGGAAGAACAAGCACAAAAAUUAAUUGAUCAAACAACAGCUGCAUAUAAAUCUGGAAAAUUAGUCAAUACACCUUUUCCAAUGGGAGUACCUCGUCUUAUCAAUCCAAAUAUUGCACCACCAUGGGCAUUUAGUUUACCUCCUGGAAUGCCACCUUUAGGGCUGCCUCCUAAUCCAGCUGCUAUGACUGCAUUAAUGACUUUGCGACCUCCACCGGGAAUAUUACCACCAGGAGUACCACCACCUGCUGUUGUUCCAAAACCUUCUACGGAAUAA